GGAUAACUUUCUUGGAGUUAUUAUAUAGUGUACAUAACUUCAAUUCAGAAGUGUACAUAUUUCUCAAUUUGGGUUGAAGUGGUUUAAGAGAUUCAAAAGGUAAGGAAAUUCAAGAAAAAAAAGGCAAAGUCAUAAUUCCAUUUCCAUGCGCAUGGCUUCCAACGAAACUUCACCGUUUGAGUCUCGCGAGAUGCUCGCAUCCUUCGUCUCGUCCACGCCCCUGCUGUCGGACUCAUGGCGCCUCUGCACCCAGGCCAACGCCACUCCCUUCCUGACCUUCGUGACUGAGCGUGUCGGCGCCUCCGUGUAUGUGGCUUUCUCCGGCGUCCAUAUGGCCGGCGAGUCCGACCCGAACUGGAGAAAUUUGACUCCUUUGUACAGCAUCGGCGGCCUGCCUCUGUUUUCGUCUCGGCGGAGCAAGGAAUGGGAGGAACCGGUCAUGGUUCAUGCUGGCAUCCUCAAUCUCUUCUUUUCACUUUUCAAUUCUUUCCAGAACCAGAUGUUGGAAAUAGUGGGAAACAAAGACACUAAAUCAGUUGUCAUCACUGGCCAUUCCAUUGGAGGAGCCACUGCUUCUUUGUGCACUCUUUGGCUUCUGUCUUACCUCCAAUCCAUCUCUUCAUCUGUGUCAAUAUUGUGCAUCACUUAUGGGGCACCGUUGAUUGGGAACGAGUCCUUUUCCCAAACCAUUUUCAAAGAAAGAUGGGGUGGCAACUUCUGCCACGUGGUGUCAAAGCAUGACAUAAUGCCAAGGUUGCUCUUUGCCCCUAUAACCUCUCUCUCUACCCAGCUAAAUUCCCUGCUACAGUUUUGGCACUUGUCCAUGACUUCACCAGAUUUUGGGAAGCUUGCAAAUCAGAUAUCUGAAAAAGAGAAAGAUAAGUUGUUCACUGCUGUAAUGGAUUACUUGGAAGCAGCAACACAAGAUGGAGAAAAAUCAGCGCCAAUUUUGUUUCACCCUUUUGGGAGCUACUUUUUUGUCUCAGAAGAAGGAGCAGUGUGUGUGGAUAGUCCAUCCGCUAUUAUAAAGAUGAUGCACUUGAUGCUUGCAACUAGUUCUCCAGCUAGUAGUAUUGAGGACCAUCUGAAGUACGGAGAUUAUGUUAAUAAAAUGUCUGCACAAACAUUGUAUCAGAGCAACUCCAUGCAAAAGAACAUCCCUGACUCAAGCUAUGAAGCAGGGCUUGAAUUGGCCAUUCAGUCCUCUGGCAUAGCAAACCAGGAACCAGCUAUUACAUCCGCCAAGGAAUGUCUGAAGACAACAAGGAGAAUGGGUCCUUCACCAACCCUGAAUGCUGCAAGCCUGGCAGUUAGCUUAUCCAAGGUGGUACCUUAUAGAGCGCAAAUAGAAUGGUACAAGACUUGGUGCGAUGAGCAAGACGACCAAAUGGGUUAUUACGACUCAUUCAAAAGCAGGGACUCUUCCAGUUCCAAAAGGGACAUGAAAAUCAACAUCAACCGUUGCAAGCUUGCCAGGUUUUGGAACAACGUUAUUGACAUGUUGGAAAGGGGAGAGCUACCUCAUGAUUUUGACAAGAGAGCCAAGUGGGUGAAUACUUCACACUUCUAUAAGCUAUUGGUUGAGCCACUAGACAUUGCUGAAUAUUAUGGGAAGGGGAUGCAUAGAACCAAGGGCCAUUACAUGCAGCAUGGUAGAGAGAGAAGAUAUGAGAUUUUUGAUAGGUGGUGGAAGGAUAAAACGGUUACUACUGGUAGAGAAGAAAACAAGGAGAGGAGCAAAUUUGCUAGUUUGACCCAAGAUUCAUGCUUUUGGGCCAGAGUGGAGGAAGCAAGGGACUGGUUGAAUUGUGUUAGAAGCGAGAGAGACACUAACAAGUUGGCUCUAUUGUGGGAUAAGAUUGAAAAUUUUGAGAAAUAUGCCAUAGAUUUAAUUGAAAAUAAGGAAGUGUCUGGUGAUGUUCUCUUUAAGAAUUCAAGUUACAGUAUAUGGGUGGAGGAUUUAAGAGAAUUGAAACAACUGAAAGCUAAGGUGCAAAGGUUUCCUCGUCAGUUUACCGGUUUUCUAGAUGGGGAAGUAGUUCCUUAGUAUGUAAUUUGGAACCAAUAACCUUAACUCAUUGUAAGUGUAGUAUGUAUAAGAACUGCUUCCUUCUGCAAAAUAUCUCGUUUUGCUUGAGUUAUAACUUUUUGUCGCUUUAGAAUUUUACUUGAAUACUUAUAUAGUUAUAUGA